AUGGAUGGAUGGAAGAAGUACUUCCCUCCUACAUAUGCCCUUUCAGUUGCCACUACCUGCGUCACUCUCUCUCUUUUUCUCAUUCUCUUACCUUCCAAGUUAAAUCUGAUCAUUUGUGUGAUUUGCUUUACAAGCUUCUUCGGCUUCUACAUUAUCUCAUGGCUUCACCGUUCUGGCGAAGACAUGCAAAAGAAGCCUUCAUUUUUUAAGGUCUUGAUUGAGGAUUUCACCACUCGCUUGAAAAUCCCACCAGCUUUUAUUAAAGAAUUUGAAGAAGUGCCAACGAAAACAAUACUUGAGACUUAUUAUGGUAAAUCUGAGGAAGUCGAAGUGAAAAAGUUUGGGAGUAAAUUUUAUUUUCACAAUGGAUGGAAAAGGUUUGUGGAAGUCAAUAAUUUGGAAACUGGUGAUUUCUUGGUGUUGGAAUAUUUUGAAGAUUAUUGCAAGUUUAAGGUCAAAAUCUACGGCAAAAGUGAUCUGCAUCUUCUCGCCAAAGCUUCCAUGGAUAGAGCUUCACAAUCACAAAGAAAACGCAAGAACUCUUCCUUCUUCAAGAUUCUGAUCCAAGAUUUCUCUACCCGCCUGCAAAUCCCUCCAGCCUUUAACAAGGUAUUUGGUAAAGAGGUGCCAAAGAAAGCAAUUCUUGAGACUUAUGGUAAAUCGGAAGAAGUGGAAGUGGAAAAGCAUGAUAAUCGAUUUUGUUUCUGCAAUGGAUGGAGUAAAUUUGUCGAGGACAAUAAAUUAGAGAAUGGAGAUUUUUUAGUGUUUAAAUAUGUGUCGGAUUGUUCAACGUUCAAGGUCAGAAUCUAUGGCAAAACUUGCUGCGAGAAGGAAUGUUAUAAUUCUGCAGAUUUUGCUGGAAAGAGAUGUUCAUCACAACCUGAGAAAAACGAAGAUGAGAGGAAUAAUAAUGUUGGAGAUGGCCAAAAAAGAAAGAGGGAAGAAGAUGGAGCAUUGAAAGCUGCAAAAAGGAUUGAACCAGACUUUGAUUCUGAUAUUGGAGACGAAGUUUCUGAAGAUGAAGCAAUUAAUAUUGAUUCUGAUGCUUCUCAGCAUCCUAUCGUCGAAGAAGAAGUUGGUAAUUCGAAGCAGCCAACGAGUGAAGAAGCCAUAAGAUUGCACACUGAGAACCAAACAGAAUCUGAGAGUUCUUCCUUCCAAGUCAAACUCAGAUCUUCAAGCAUCAAUAGCUAUCUGAAUAUACCAUUAAGGUUUUCGAGGAAAUAUAUAACAAAGGAAAACGAAAGCCAGGAGAUUAGAAUAGAGAUGACCAACAAAGUAUGGGAAGUGGGUGUUCUAGUGUUUUGGGCAGCUGGUAAGAAGGAGGUACUCACCGGAGCAAGGCUGACUCAAGGAUGGAGGAACCUGGUCUCAGAAUGUCAUCUCCAAAUGGGAGAUGUCUGCAAUUUUGAAUUGAUCCAACCAACAGCUCAUCAUCAGCAACUUGUCUUUCGUCUUCGUGUUCUUAGAUGGGAUCCUCAAAACGACAAGUUUACUCAGAUACUUUAG